GAAACAUAAUGGUUUCGUUCCGGUCUCUCAGACCAAUCCUAUCCUAAUAACACUUCGACAACCAAGAAUAACAAUGUUGAUGCUGGCUUCUACAGAGAGUUCGCAGUAACACCGGCACAGUUACAUCAGAUAGAAAAAGGAAAGCACAUGACCAUGACGAACAGAACAGAAUUGGGGAAUAAAGAAGCAUUACCCUAAUCACAAAAACAGAAUACUGCGAAUGAGACAUCAAGCAAGAAAAUGCAUGAACCAUCAGAAAAUGCCAACUCAACUAUCAUCACAUCUCCUCCACCACCUGAUUACAUAUAUGACCAACCACCUCCAUACCAAGAUUGUACUUUAUCUGUUAUCUACUGCCCAUCUUUAUCUAGCAUGGAACCCUUGACUCAGUUUCCCCAUGACCCAUCUCCUCUUGGUCAGACUCCAGUUGAUGUGGAAGGACUUGUGCCAUGGCCAGCUAACUUUUCUCCAUGCCUAACUCCUCCAGACUACUGUGAGCUACCACCACCCUACUCCUCAUCUAAUCCUUCUACUGAUGUUCAGGCAGAAACUGGAGAAUUAUCAAUGGACCAGUCAUUAGUAGAUCGAGUAGGAGAAUGUUCAGUGCAAGAAACUCCCUUCUCAUCAUCUGUACAUUCUACGUCAGAAGCGAAAACAUUAUCACCCAAAUGGUUUAUCUGGUCUUUCACAAGCUUGAUGCUUUUUUCACCAAUAGGAAUAGUUUCUGUCAUCUAUUUAUACAAGACAUGGAAAAGUUUGCGCAUGGGAGAUACUGAGUCAUCAAGAAGACAUAAGCUGAACAUGUACAAUUAUAACAUAAUGACUAUUGCUAUUGGAAUCCCUACAGAUGUGAUGUUAUUGGCUGCAAUACUUGUGCCACUUUUGUAAGAAGCACGUGCUGGUCUAUUGUAUGACAUUUACCACAACACCAAUUAGGCAUUAUAGACUGAAUUCCAGGAAUUCAACAAAAUAACUAUAUGGAAUUUCAUCAAGAACUUAGGGGCCGAUUAUCUAAAGAUCUCUGGGCUGGCGAAAUUAUUUAAGAACACUCACCAGUAUUUCUAUUGCCCUGGUGGAAUUAUCUAAAGCCACUUUUUAUCCUGAAAACAGGGUGUCUCGCUAAGGGGCGUAUACUGCUUUGGAAGGAGAUGCAGACAUUACAAAAGUGCACAAUUAAAUUUGUCAAUUAUAAAUGAUAGAAAAUGAAUAAUUGAACCAGCCACACAAAAAUGUACAGGAACAAAUUGUAUUAUUCAGUUUCAUGAAAAAUUGUUACAAAAUUCUUCACCAUAAAUCAUAUUUUAUCAAAAACUUACAUUUUGUAUGUAAAUUACACAGGAAUAAAUCAUAUUAAAUAUGCACAGCAUAAAUCGUAAUUUAAGUACUCAGGGUCUGCAAAAAAGACAUAAAAAAAUUGUACUUAUAAGUGCAAAAUGCAAAGCACAUUUGUUGUUGUUUUGUAGAAUGGGCAAAACAUGGAUGUGUAUGAAAUGUUCCCUCAAAUCCCAGGGUAAUUCUCUAAACAUUUUUGCUCUACAGUACUGUUUUGUCUUGCAAAUGAAAAUGUGGCAAGGUUGUGACAAAAUACUCAAAAUACUUAUAACCCUAAUAGAUAAACACAGGCUUUUGAAAAUAUAGGCAAUUGUAAGAUGCUAUACGAAGAAAGCAGAGUAAUGUCAUUUAUAUUGGCUGCAGGAUUUCAUUUUUAAGUGUGGCCCCUGCUCACUGCUAACUUCGCCUUACACAUCGAAGUUUCCCUUUUUUAGCGAGCUCCGUUAAUUUCAAUAGGAGACAUCUCGCCACUGACAGGGACUGCCCCUUUUAAACGAUAAUUCUACCUGGGCAGCCCCUACGAGGGUCAGCGUGAGACAACACGUCUGAUCGGGUUGAUUGCUGUCUGUCGCUCAGAGCAGGCGAACCAGUUAAGGAGCAGUGGUCUUAAGACCGCUGCUUAAUAAUUGCUGUUUCCAGCGAGCCUGAAGGCUCGCGCAGAAACAGAGGCAUCAGGGGCCAAUUUAUUAAGCAGCAUAUGCUGCUCAUUCUGCGCAAGCCUUUCGGCUCACCAGAAGCAGUGGUUGUAAGAACGCUGCUGCUUGGUGGACUGCAAUCAUGUCUAUUAUAUAUGAUCAGGAUGAUUGACUUCCCCUGCUAGCGACCGCGAAUGUGCAGGGGGCUGCAUUGCACAAACAUUUCACAAGAAAUGCUUGUGCAAUGAUAAAUGCCGAAUGCUGUCUGCAUUUAUCGAUGUUGGGCGGCAGGGUUGGCUCCAAGGGGGGACAUUGGGGGGCAAUGCCCACCCAAAUGGAAUGCUGUGCCCCCUCAAAAAAUAUUGAUAUGAUCAUACACUUUAAAAAUAAUAAAUAAAAUAAUGAAUUGUUAUGUAAUGCUGCAUGCUGGGUGCAGAGUUAGCUGCCAAACUGUGAGGUCGCAUCACGCAUCUGCAAGGAGCUCCGUGUCUUAACCUCUUAUUUGGAAUUGGAAGUUAAUUAGAGACUUUUUGGACUUGUCUUUAACUCUAUUAAUUUUACCUAUCGUGAGUUACUCAUUUUCUUAAACAAUAGACCAUGAAAAGAAUAUGAUUGUAUCAUACAAAUAUAAGUCUAUAAAUGGCUACCGGCUUCUAUCGAUGCCGGUAGCCAUUUAUAGACUUAUAUUUAUAUGAUACAAUCAUAUUCUUAUAAGUUCACAGUACAUAGGUUGUAUUUAGCAGCCUGAUAUCCGUUAGUUAUUGCGAAACAGGUAUAGCUAAAUCUAAUCUACAAAAUUACCAGUACCUGAAAACCUAAUAUCCUCACUGCUAUUGCAAACAAAGGGGUUAAUUGCAUUGGGGGGUUUGGGGUGCAUGACUGUUUAGGGGACAUGAUUGAGAUUUGAGAAUGAGUUUAAGGGUUUUGGAUCAUGGUGAUUAAGGGGUAAUUUUUUUUAAGGAGCUAUUGCACUGGGGGUCUCAAGUUUAAUGGCUCUGUUUUAGUGCACUGCAUAGGAUUUAGACUUCAUUCUUUUACCUAGUGAUUUAGCACAUAUUCUCCAAAUGUUAAUAGUGGGGGAUAAGCCAGCCAGAAGCCUCUCUCUCAGUCUCUCUCUCUCUCUCUCUCUCUCUCUCUCUCUCUCUCUCUCGGUCUCUCUAUCUCUCUCUCCCCCUCUGUUUCUCUUUCUCUCCUCCCCUCUCUCUCCCCCUCUGUUUCUCUCUGUAUUUAUCUCCCCCCCUCUGUCUCUCUCUCUGUUUAUUUUUCUCUCCAACCCCAUCUGUCUCUCUCUCUCUGUCUGUUUCGUUCUCUCCCCCCUCUGUUUUUCUCUCCCCCCCGUCUCUCUCUCUCCCCCUCUGUCUCUCUCUCUCUCUGUUUCUUUCUCUCUCCCACCCCAUCUCUCUCUCUCUCCCCCUCUGUUUCUUUCUAUCUUACAGUUACAGGAUGUGCUAUGUGUAUGAGCCCCUGGCACACAGUAGGGUAAGGCAGCAGGUCUGACCUUCUGCAAAGUUAUGGAUGCACUGUGUGUAUUAGCCCCUGGCACACAGUGGGGGGAGGCAGCUGAGAGUAUGGUCUGACCCUCUGCACAGUUAGGGAUGCACUAUGUGUAUUAGCCCCUGACACACAGUAGGGGGAGGCAGCUGAGAGUAUGGUCUGACCCUCUGCACAGUUAGGGAUGCACUAUGUGUAUUAGCCCCUGGCACACAGUAGGAGAAGGCAGCUGAGAGUAUGGUCUGACCCUCUGCACAGUUAGGGAUGCACUAUGUGUAUGAGCCCCUGGCACACAGUAGGGGGAGGCAGCUGAGAGUAUGGUCUGACCCUCUGCACAGUUAGGGAUGCACUAUGUGUAUGAGCCCCUGGCACACAGUAGGGGGAGGCAGCUGAGAGUAUGGUUUGACCCUUUGCACAGUUAGGGAAGCACUAUGUGUAUUAGCCCCUGGCACACAGUAGGGGGAGGCAGCUGAGAGUAUGGUCUGACCCUCUGCACAGGUAGAGGAUGUGCUAUGUGUAUUAGCCCCUGACACACAGUAGGGGGAGGCAGCUGAGAGUAUGGUCUGACCCUCUGCACAGGUAGAGGAUGCACUAUGUGUAUGAGCCCCUGGUACACAGUAGAUGAAGGCAGCAGUUAGUAUGGUCUGACCCUCUGCAUAGGUAGAGGAUGCACUAUGUGUAUGAGCCCUUGGCACACAGUAGGGGGAGGCAGCUGAGAGUAUGGUUUGACCCUUUGCACAGGUACAGGAUGCACUAUGUGUAUUAGCCUCUGGAACACAGUAGGGGGAGGCAGCUGAGAGUAUGGUUUGACCCUCUGCACAGUUAGGGAAGCACUAUGUGUAUUAGCCCCUGGCACACAGUGGGGGGAGGCAGCUGAGAGUAUGGUCUGACCCUCUGCACAGGUAGAGGAUGCACUAUGUGUAUUAGCCCCUGGCACACAGUGGGGGGAGGCAGCAGAGAGUAUGGUCUGACCCUCUGCACAGGUAGAGGAUGCACUAUGUGUAUGAGCCGCUGGUACACACUAGCAGUGGGGUACACUGGAAGAGAAUCUACCUUUGUCAUUGGAUUAGCACUAAGGUACACUGGAAAAGAGUCUACCUUUAUCAUUGGAUUAGCACUAGAGUACACUGGAAGAGAGUCUACCUUUGUCAUUAGAUUAGCACUAAGGUACACUGGAAAAGAGUCUACCUUUGCAAUUGGAUUAGCACUAGAGCACACUGGAAGAGACUCUACCUUUGCAAUUGGAUUAGCACUAGAGCACACUGGAAGAGAGUCCACUUUAUGUCAUUAGAUUAGCAUUAGUGUACAUUGGAAGAUAGUGUACCUUUGUCAUUGCAAUAAAUAUCUUAUAUAAACACAAGGUAAAGCCUAUAUAAAUGAUAGAUGUAAAUAUUAUGCUUCUUGUACUAUUAUUUGUAACAUGUUUGUAAUGUAUUCAAUUGUUCCUCUUGUUACUAUUAUCCAUUCACAAUAUAUGCUAAUAGCAACAAUGAUUUGUAUCCCCUGUUUUCCACCCGGAUUUCAAUUGGUGGGCGGGGUUACUUGUGUCUGGUAUUGUCAUUUUAAGCCUGAUGAAACGGUGGAUGUAUCACAGAGAAACGCGUUGUUUUUAUUAAACUUUUUUUAGCUUUUUAUUGAGAAA